GAAAAUCUUUGAAAAAGCGAAAUUGAUUUUCACUGUGAUGUGACUGCAAAAUCUCUUGGUUGUUGAACUCCGCGAAAAUGUUGAUACUGGAUAUCUUUGAUUAGUUUCUUAGUUAUCUGGGAUUGACGCAGUUAGCAACCAAAAUAAAACAAUGAGAUGUGAUUAGAUGUGUGCGUUUGGUUCCCAAACAAAUGACAUAGUGCGGUGUAUGCAGUUGUUUCGCGUUGUGGGUGGAGGUUUCACACAUAAAUACGAAAUGCAUUAUUUAUAGUUUUCUGUGAGAGAACUUUAGUGUGCAAUCACUUUUGUUGUAGUGCGAAUAGUGAAUAUAAUAAUGAGCGUCACUCAAGUUCAAGGAGGUUUGAGUAAACUAAAGAAAAAACACUUUAGAGUUAAACAUCAAAAAGUCAAGCUCUUUAGGGCCAAUGAACCGUUGUUGUCAGUAUUUAUGUGGGGUGUGAAUCAUACUAUUAACGAACUAAGUCAUGUUACGAUCCCGGUAAUGCUACUGCCAGAUGAUUUCCGAGCCUAUUCCAAGUUGAAAGUGGACAACCACUUGUUCAACAAGGAAAGUAUGCCCAGCCAUUUUAAAGUGAAGGAAUACUGUCCAUUAGUUUUUCGGAAUCUCAGGGAAAGGUUUGGCAUCGAUGAUGUCGACUACAAGGAAUCAAUGACACGAUCUCAGCCUGUUGCAAUUGAUUCUCCUGGAAAAAGUGGAGCAAAGUUCUACCAGUCGUAUGAUCGUUUGUUUAUAAUAAAAUCAUUAACAAGCGAGGAAGUGGAACGCAUGCAUUCAUUCUUGAAGCACUAUCAUCCUUACAUUGUGGAACGACAUGGGAAAACUCUGUUACCUCAGUAUUUGGGAAUGUACAGACUGACAGUUGACGGAGUGGAGCAUUACCUUGUUGUCAUGAGAAACGUGUUUAGCAACCAUCUCCAAAUACACAGGAAAUUUGAUUUGAAAGGUUCCACAGUGGAUCGAGAAGCCUCUGACAAAGAAAGGGAAAAGGAUUUGCCAACACUUAAAGAUAAUGAUUUUGUCAAAGAAGGGAUGAAAAUUUACAUUGGUGAUGAUGCAAAAGAGAAAUUGCUGGAAACGCUAACUGCAGAUGUUGAGUUUCUCACAAAACUGCAUCUGAUGGACUAUUCGCUACUCCUUGGGAUCCAUGACUGUGCAAGGGCUGAACAAGAAAAUCGAGAACGAACAGAUCAGGAAGAAGAAGAAAAUAAUGGCAUGGAAGAGGAUGAAGAUUCCGAAAGUGGAUCAGCGGUGGAGAAAGGUACUGGAGACAGAGCAUGGGGACCUUUAUCAUCUCCGCCUGAUUCGCCUCAUGCGGCACUUAUGCGAGAGUCAAGUAUUCAGUAUGAAGGUGGAAUUGUACCAGAGUUGGAUAUAUAUGCCAUACCAAGUUCAGAAGGUGCUCCCAUUAAAGAAAUUUAUUUCCUGGCUCUGAUUGAUGUGUUAACACAUUAUGGUGUCAGGAAACAGGCAGCUAAGGCUGCAAAAACUGUGAAAUAUGGAGCAAAUGUUGAUGGCAUAUCAACAUGUGAUCCAGAGCAAUAUGGGAAGAGGUUUAUUGAUUUCAUGAGCAAAGCUAUUGAGUAAAUGCCAAGAAACCAAGCCUUCAUCGCAGUUUUCCUGUGGGAGCCUUCAAAAAGAAAAUUAAGAAAAAAAAAUAGUUCAACAGAUCUGAAACAUCGCCUUAUGAUGUGCAUUAGAAGCUAUCACGCAAGAACAGUUUCAUAUAUCUUAGCUAAUAGUGUUUCCAGUGACUUGUGUGCUGCACGCACUUCCAAAGAUUAGUGAAGAUAGAUUGACAGCUGAGGAGAUUGUCUUUGCUCUUGAAUUUGGCUGUCUUUAAAGUACCAGAAAUAUUUUCAAGUGAAAAUGCAUUAUGUUUGUUUUUUGUUUUGUUGUUAGUGACAGUUUUAUAACUAAGCUUUUUAUUUUUAAAAAGCUGUUAUUUGACAUCCGUGAUGCUUUUAGAAUAACAUUUAUAAUCUUGGCACAAUAUGUCACAUUUUUAUGCAGUAGCUAAUGGACAGUGAACAGAUUUUAACAUCUUUGCAUAUCACAUCAUGCACAAACAGGACAAAGUUUCUACAUUAAAGGGCCAUAUUUUUCUGCAUCUUGAUAUACACUGUAAUAUGUAUCCAUUUAAUCAUCAUCAUCAUCAUCAUCAUCAUCAUCAAACUAUCAUCAUCAUCUUCAUGUUCAAAUCACAGUGAUGUGUGAAGCAUAAUUGUUUUCUUUCAUUAUUUCUUGUAUUCUUAACAGAGGAGGAAGGUGUGAAAUUCCAAGUGUUCAAGAAAUAAUUUUGUGAUGAUUUUCCCAGAUAUCAUUUGAAUUUUAAAUGUGUGUUAGUGGACUGAACUCAGUAUUCUAUUUGUUAUCCAUCCUUUUAGUAACUUGUGUUCUGUUAAAUGGAAACAUUCUAUGUGAAGGAAGCAUAGAAGUGUAAAAGUUGGCAGGAUGGUUCCUGCAUGCCAUAAAAGUUGAAAGUCCUGUUAGAACUGGUGAUAGCUCAUUUAUAACUAUAGUAGCCAAGUGAUAUUGUGUUUUAUACUUGUUUCUGAUGGAGAUUUUGAGUGGAAGUAAUUUAACUUGUGCUACUACCUCCUCCCCACCCCUUCCCCCUCUAUACAUGGGAAAAUAAUUUAUUUAUUUUGAAGAGUGAAUCAAGGUAUUUUCACUAAAUGUUAUGGUUUUCAUAUUGUUAUUUAAUGUGGCAAUAUUUUUAGUUAUAUCCAUUUCUGAAUUUACACCAGUAAUGAUGCAUGGGGCAGUAAAGGAAUUUAAAGUUUCUUGCAAGUAAAAAGUGUGAGUUGUAGUGUGGCAAGUAAGAAUCGCUCUUUUAUUGGAUUGAGUGAGGAGGGACAAUGGUUUAGCAACUGGACUUGGAUUGAGGAGGAGAGCAGUUCAAAUUCCUGAUGGGCCUCCAGAUUUACAUUUCCUGUCCUUUCCUAAAGUCUUUAUUCAUAUGAAGAGGACAUGUCUUAUUUCCUUCCUCAUUGUUCCCCAGUCCAAGCAUGUGCUCAGUCUCUAAGGACAUCAUUGUUGAUGGGACCUUCUACUCUAAUCUUCCUUCUUAUACAGAAGAAUUUCAAAACCCUAAAAAAAUAAAUGGGAGACAUGCUUCAGUUUUUAGUUCUUUGAUGUGAGAUAAGUAAUUGAUCAGAUAAGAGACUACAGUGUAGAGCCCAGAACUAGUGCCUGUUGCAUCAUUUCAUCUUAGAUGGCCCAGACAGAAAGCUGAUGUCAUUCAACAAUUAAAAUCACACAGGUUCACAAUGAAAAAGUUCUUUCUAUGUAUUUCAGUGACAUUCUCGUAGAAUUUUUUCAAAGCAAAUUCAUAAUUUGCUAGUGCCUUUCUUUAUUUGGCAAAAUCAUGUUACAAACUCCUGACUGACUUGAAUGUCCUACAAUUUUACAUCAGAUGUUUGAAGGGGGUUGCUGUAGCUACAUUUUCUGAUGCUGAUAACAAUGACAGGUCAGCCUUUCUCAAAAAUAAGGUGUACUUUUCCUGCUUCUUUAUAACAUAUUGGUUAGACCUUCUGUAAUAUCAGCAUGGCAAGAAAGUUAAAAAUGAACGAGAGUAUUUUCAGAAAAAAAUUGAAUGUGACUCAUAUUCGUUGUCAUUUAAAUUGAUGAUGCUGUUCUUCUGGGUUCCAGCACUGGCACUUUUAUUGAACUGUAGCUAAAGCAGCCCCCCCUCCCCUUUCCCCAGUCUCUCUCUCUCUCUCUCUCUCUCUCUCUCUCUCUCUCUCUCUCUGUCUGUCUGUGUGUGUGUGUGUGUGUGUGUGUGUGUGUGUGUGUGUAGAGAGAAAGAGAGAGAGGCGGGGGAAGGCAUCGAGAAGAGAGGAUCAAGGGGUAACAUCAGAGUGAAAUGGAACUGAGGUGGGGGGAGGGGGGGGGGAAGGAGGUAGGGUGCAAGGAGAGGGUUGGAGCACAAGUAAGAAGGUUCAAGGAGGAGCCUUCUACAAAGUGGAAAAUUGACAAAGUGUACUUUGUUUUUUGUUGUCUAGUCUAAAUAUUUCUUAUUACACAUUUUAUAAGUUCUAUAAGUGAAAAAGCAUGUGACUUAUAUUACUUUGUGAGUUACUUAUGACAAUCAAGACCCACAGUGCAAUUAUUUUAUUUUUAUGGUUUCUUUUAUUUUUAUGCAGAGCUUGUACUUUUCAAGUAUAUAGAUCGAUGUCCAUAUUUCUUUUGUUUAACAGAAGUUGAUGGAAUGUUGGGAAUUUUGAAGAAGAAUCCAUAAUUCCUAAAGUUUGAGAAUAUUGUCAAUAUUUUGUCUUUUUCUUUACUUUUUUUCAAAUAGUUAAGAAAUUGAGAAACUUGGUGACCAAAAUUCAAACAAUUUGACUCAGCCGUAAUGACAUUUCACCGAUAGUAGGCUCACUGAAUUUGUUUUCAUGUAAGUCUGCAACACCUGUAGACAUGCAGUAUGUUGAUAUUGAACACAGAAAAUUGUAAAUGCCAAUGUCACAACUACUUCUGUCUCAUGGUACAUAAUUUGUGUAACACAUUGUGUAAUUACAGAUGCUUUUUGUGAUCCUCAUGAGGUCAUUGCCUCUGUGUUUUGUAAUUAUCUGUAAUUACAUAAUACAGACCUGUUUGUCGUUUAAUAAAUAUUGACAUUUCUUGUUAGUUAUUUGUUUUACAAAGUUUGUAUACUGAUUUUAUGUCAAUCACUGUAAUAGUAUUUUGUAUGUUAUUUGCCAACGAAAUGUGAACAGUUGGAGAAAUUUUAGUAUGUCUUCAAUGGAAAGUACUUAAUGAACAACAGACUGAGAACACUGUUCAAUAAAUUAAUAGUGGAAGAAUUUUUCA